AUGGUUGAUCACAUCACAACGAGCUCUCCUUUGUUGGAAUAUCAUGAAACUGGAGGAGAUGAUAGAGAAAGGAGAAGAUCAUCUUGGGUUCAAAAAGUCAUCGACGUGGAAGAGUCCAAGGCUCAAAUUCUUUACUCUCUUCCAAUGAUACUCACAUAUCUUUUCAUUUAUGGUAUCCCUAUAACAUCUUUGAUGUUUGCAUCUCACGUCGGCCAACUAGAGCUCGCUGGUGCCACACUUGCCAAUUCGUGGGCAUCCGUCACCGGUUUUACCUUCAUGACAGGGUUAAGUGGAGCUCUUGAGACGUUGUGUGGACAAGGCUUUGGUUCAAAAGAAUACAGAAUGUUGGGGAUUCAUCUGCAAUCCUCAUGCAUAGUAUCAUUAGUCUUCACCAUCCUCAUCUCCAUUUUCUGGUUCUUCACAGAAUCUGUUCUCGGACUUCUCGGACAAGACCCUGACAUCUCAAAACAAGCUGCACUCUAUAUAAAGUACCAAGCUCCCGGUUUACUCGCCUACGGUUUCUUGCAAAACUUGCUGAGGUUUUGCCAAACACAGUCCAUCGUUACUCCUCUAGUCAUCUUCUCAUUUGUUCCUUUUGUGUUUAAUAUUGUUAUGGCGUAUGUUCUGGUUGAUCUGGCUGGUCUUGGAUUCAUCGGUGGACCAAUUGCUACAUCUAUUUCACUUUGGAUAGCUUUUCUUUCUCUUGUAACGUAUGUGGUUUGUUCAGACAAGUUUAAGGAAACAUGGACUGGUUUUUCAUUAGAAUCAUUCCGUUAUGUUGUGAUGAACUUGACACUAAGUCUUCCUUCUGCUGCUAUGGUAUGCUUCGAAUAUUGGGCGUUCGAGCUCCUUGUGCUCUUGGCAGGACUCAUGCCGAAUCCAGAAAUUAACACCUCUUUGGUAGCUAUAUGCGUAAACACAGAAGCGAUAUGCUACAUGUUAACAUACGGCCUUAGCGCAGCUGCAAGUACACGUGUGUCUAACGAGCUUGGAGCAGGAAACGUAAAAGGCGCAAAGAAAGCUACUUUAGUAACCAUGAAGAUGUCUUUAGUUCUUGCGCUCGGCGUUGUGGUUGCUUUGCUUGUAGGUCAUGAUGGUUGGGUUGGGCUAUUUAGCAAUAGUCAUGUGAUUAAAGAGGAGUUUGCAUCAUUUAGAUUCUUUCUUGCUGCCUCUAUAGCUCUUGAUUCAAUCCAAGGUGUUCUGUCAGGAGUGGCCAGAGGAUGCGGAUGGCAGCGCAUAGGCACAAUUAUAAAUUUGGGAACAUUCUACUUAAUUGGAAUGCCUAUUGCAGUCUUUUGUGGUUUUAAGUUGAAGUUUUAUGCCAAGGGUUUGUGGUUUGGUUUAACAUGUGGGCUAUUUGGCCAGUCGUUAUCACUCUUGCUUAUGACAAUUUUCCGGAAGUGGACAAAGCUGAAUGCUGCGGCCUGA